AGGAAGUAGCUAGGGCUGGCUACCUAUUGGUGGCCGCUGCGACACACUGAUUGGAAGGGCUUCCUCCGCGCAAACUCUGUGGCUCUCCCCUAUGGCACCAUGCAUCCUGAUCAGGCUACAGUGUGGUACCGGCGGAUGUCUGUGGUCUACGCAAUGGGCGCCUGGUCAGUGCUGGGCUCGGCGAUUUUUCUUACACGGAACCAGAAAGCUUCAGGUGAUGGAGCAGAGCCAAAGGAUGAUGGCUCAAGGAAUGAAUCGCCUGUGUCCGACCUAGAAAGGGACAUAAAUGAGCCUAUUGAAGGGUUUUCUGUGAAAACAUAUGUAAAGUAUUCAGAAAAUUUUGUUCCAGUUACUCAAAGGAUCAUGGACUAUCUGCGGUCAUGGACCGGCGGGCCUGGACCAGAAUCUUGAUCGGCUACUGAAUUCAGAAAACAAGGACUUGGCUCAGUACUUGAUAGAUGCCCUGAUUUUUUCCAUUUCAUGUUUGUGGAAAGAAUGUAUUUGUUUUGAUUUUACAAAAUAUAAUCACUAAUGUGCAACAACUGAAUUCUUGGGGGAACUGAAUAAAUUCAAGAGGCAGCCUUCUAUGUUUACAUGGCUGAAAGGUUGAUGUAAACCAUUACAUUUUUUGUUGUUGUUGUUCGAGACAGGGUUUCUCUGUGUAGCUUUGGUGCCUUUCCUGGAACUCACUCUGUACCCAACCUGGCCUCGAACUCAGAGAUCAGCCUGCCUCUGCCUCCUGUUGCUGGGAAUAAAGGCAUGCGCCACUACCGCCCAGCUAACCAUUAAA